AUGUGGUUUGGAGUUAUAUUGUUUCUCGCCCCACUCGUCUUGAGUCUUCCACAAUCUUCCAGGACGGAUCCUAGUCCUAGAGGAACUACCGUGACCAAUGACCCAUCUAUCUUUACGCUCGACCCUGAUUUCUUGAUCACUGAAAUACCGCAAAUCAGAGAAUGGUUUUGGACUAUUGAAGCUGCUACUGGAGCUCCUGAUGGUUAUCAACGUCAGAUGUUCACAGUCAACAAAAUGUUUCCAGGACCUUUGAUCGAGGCCAAUGAGGGAGAUACGAUCUGGGUUCAUGUGACGAAUAAACUUGAUAUUGGUCAGACGAUCCAUUGGCACGGCAUGUUACAGAAUGGUACGCAGUAUAACGACGGUGUACCUGGUUUUUCUCAAUGUCCUAUUCCCCCAGGUCAAACGUAUACCUAUCAAUUCACGAUCAACAAUCAAUACGGUACAUAUUGGUGGCAUUCACAUUAUGCCAACACUUUGGCCGAUGGAAUAGUUGGCGGACUGAUCGUUCAUUCUGUCCACGAUCCCCUCAAACUCGGACAGGAUUUCGAUGAAGAGCGUAUCAUCUACCUAUCCGACUGGGUACAUGAACAAUCUCAAGUCAUCGUGGCUGACUUGCUAUCGGGAGGAUACAAAGGAUCUGUGGCGCCACCACCGGUAGACAGCGUUCUUAUCAACGGUCAGGGUCGAUUUAAUUGCUCUACUGUGACGGAUGGUACACCUUGCUCUGAUUUACCUUAUCCAGAGAUUCAUGUGCCAAGUAAUAAACGAAUCAGAUUUCGUAUAAUCCACACUGGAGCGCACGAAUCUUUCCGCUUGUCGAUAGACAACCACCAGUUACUCGUAGUGGAAGCCGAUGAUUGUCCCGUAUACGGUCCGACAGUAAACGAAAUCAUUAUUCACCCAGCUCAACGAUACUCCUUCAUCGUCAACACAACUUCAGGAUCCAACGGAGAUGCCUUUUGGUUACGGAGCAACGUGGCCUUGUCCUGUUUGGGCUCAACACAACCUCAAGCGGGACUCGCUGUAUUUAGAUAUGUCGAUGAUGUGAGUUCAGCCACGACUUCCGAGCCGACCACUGAACCUUGGGAUGAUUUGGCAAAUGCUACGGCUCCUUGUGUCGAUAUGGACCAGCUAUAUUCUUUAACACCUAGAGUUGCGGAAGAUGCUCCAACGUCAGUGUCACAGACAAAUGUCCUAUCGAGCGUCUUUGGGACGUUUAGUGAUGUCAACGGACAUGCGUUCUCCGGUUUUGCCAUGAACGGUAUCACCUACCAAAACCAAAUCAAUUACCCUCUGUUACAACAAGUCGAGGAAGACGUACCGAUCAACAGUUCGUUGGUCGCCAACGUCGCUUUUGACGGUAUCGGCGGAGGAGAUCUUAUCAUCAACAAUCUAGAUGGCUUCAUCUCCCAUCCUUAUCAUCUGCAUGGACGACCAUUCUUCCUCGUCGCUCGUGGCAGCGGCACUAUGGAUGCAGAAGGUCUUUCCAACGUUCAAGUGAACACCAACAACCCGUUGAGAAGGGACACGUUGCUCAUCCCCGGCGGAGACUGGGCAGUUUUAAGAUUGUUAAUGGAUGAUCCUGGUGUAUGGCCUUUACAUUGUCAUAUCGGUUGGCAUAUGUCUCAAGGGAAGUUGGCAGCUGUGGUGAUUCGACCAGAUGUUAUCAAGGAGAUUGACCGGCCGUCCGCAUGGCUCGACCUUUGUAAAGGAACAGACCGGAACGCCAUCGGUCCAGCUUAG